AUGGCAGCCAGUUUCUCCAUCAGUGUGAUCUUGAUAUCUACAUUUUCGUUUAUCAGUUUUGCUUCUUCAGCAAGAAUAUUAGAAAAUCAAGAUCCUAUGCUUUUCAAAUACCACAACGGCCCACUUCUUACUGGCAAGAUCACCGUCAAUCUCAUCUGGUAUGGAAAUUUCAAGCCAUCCCAGAAAGCCAUAAUAUCUGAUUUCAUUGCCUCAUUAUCGUCUUCAAAAUCUGAGGCUCAACCUUCUGUUUCUAGAUGGUGGGGAGCUACAGAGAAGUACUAUCACCUGAUCAAAUCCAAGAAAUCCUCUUCCCCACAACUGGUCUUAGGCAAUCAAAUCUUUGACGAUAAUUGCUCAUUGGGUAAAUCACUCACAACGCAGCAACCCAUUUACGGCCCACAGGGCCCACCAUUAGUUGCACCCAAUAAUGAUGUGGGCUUGGACGGCAUGGUUAUCAACUUGGCUAGCCUUUUAGCUGGGACUGCCACCAACCCAUUUGGAAAUGGGUACUAUCAGGGCCCAUCUGAUGCACCAUUGGAGGCUGCCUCUGCCUGCCCCGGGGUCUACGCUAAAGGGGCUUACCCGGGCUACGCCGGGGACUUGCUGGUGGACCCUACAACUGGGGCUAGCUACAAUGCAAAUGGUGUCAAUGGAAGAAAAUAUUUAGUUCCCGCUUUAUAUGAUCCUACCACUAAAUUAUGUUCGACUUUAGUAUAA